ACAAUUCGAACAGACCGGAGCUCAUUUCCACCGGUUCACUCCAGAUCUAGGAGGAGACCCAUCAAAUUGGCGCUGUCUGUGGGGAGUUCUUGAAGGAAGUAAGAGCUUUACACCUAGUUCCGAUCUGUUUGACAUGGCGGAGAAGGAAGGAUUAUCGAGAAAUCUAAACGAGGACUUCAGGACAGCGUGGACGGACAAGCGGCCGCCGUCAAUUCCUGACCCUAGACCACCGCUUCAGGUUCUCGGUUUUCCACCCUUUGGGGGACACGCGCCGUCGGGGGUGCGUAUUGAGGAAGAAACACCCAUCACGCCUCCCGGGGUAAAAAUUCCGGGGAUAAUACAAGGAGAACCUAGUCAGGUGAAGGGCGCGAACACGGGAGUCGACGGCCGCGAGUCCAUAAAAACGACUUUGAGCCUGGGAAAGCAAUCCAGAUUUCCCACCGUUGAAGGAGAAGGCACUCAUUAUGGAGACCAACGAGAAGCCCGAAGUCUGAUGCUGCUUUCAACCUCGCCUAACUUUCAUAUGAUUGAAGGACGAGAUGUUAAUAGCUUUGUUGAGCCAAGUGAUCCAAUUCCUCGUACUGAGCAAGUUGAUCAGUUCACCUCGGAUACCGACAUGCCUCAAGUACCGACACCCGAUACCGACAUCCCCAUGACGUCGGUCUUGUCUGAAAUAUCAACAGAAAUCCUUGGCCAAGAACAAUCUUCCCAUGAAAAAGACAUAGAGAUACAUGAGGAUAUGGACCCAAGGAUGCAGUUCAAAGAUGGAAGUCAUCAUAUUCGAGCGGAACCUGUUGAAGAUAUUGAGAUCAUUUACGUGGACGGGUCAGAACAACAGAAGUCGUUGCGUAUUGGGGCCAACCUGCAGGAACCCCUUCGGUCAAGUUUGAUUCAAUUCCUCCAGUCAAACACUGAUGUAUUCACAUGGAAGCAUGAAGACAUGAAAGGGAUCGACCCACAGAAGGCAUGUCAUCGUCUCAAUUUGGACAAAACUGUCAAACCGGUUAUUCAGAAACGUCGGAAAUUUGGUCCAGAUCGCCAGAAGGCUCUUGAAGAGGAGGUAAAUAAGCUCAUCGACAAUAAAUUUGUUAAAGAAGCCAAGUACCCGACGUGGAUAUCGAACCCUGUUCUAGUUAAGAAAGCAACCGGCCUUUGGCGUCUUUGUAUAGAUUUCUCCGACUUGAAUCAAGCGUGCCCGAAAGACAGCUAUCCCAUUCCACACAUCGAUUAUAUGGUGGACGCUACGUCGGGACACCAACUUAUGAGUUUUUUGGAUGCCUACUCAGGCUACAAUCAGAUUCCCAUGCACCCUGAUGAUGCUGAGCAUACCUCGUUCUAUUCAGCUCGAGGCCUUUAUUGCUACGUUAUGAUGACUUUUGGAUUGAAGAAUGCAGGGGCCACGUAUCAGAGAUUGGUCAAUAAGAUGUUUGCUCAUUUAAUUGGCCAUACCAUGGAAGUCUAUGUAGACGACAUGUUGGUGAAGUCGGAACAAGCCCCCGACCAUAUUGCUCAUCUCUCCGAAGUCUUCGAUAUACUCCGAGAAUAUUCCAUGGUACUCAACCCCAAAAAAUGUACUUUCGAAGUUGGAUCAGGGAAGUUUCUAGGAUACAUGGUGAGCCAAAGAGGGAUCGAAGCCAAUCCUGCCAAGAUUCAAGCCAUACUUGACCUAGCCCCUCCGACAUCUCUUAAAGGCGUCCAAGCCUUAACUGGUCGACUGGCAGCCCUUAAUCGGUUCAUUUCAAAAUCUACAGAUCAUUGUAAACCAUUCUUUGACGCUAUCAAAAAGAAGAAGCCGUUUGAAUGGACCGUGGAAUGCCAGAAUGCUUUUGAUAAUAUUAAACAAGUUCUCUUGCAGUUACCGACGUUACAAAAGCCGCUUCUCGAUGAACCUCUCUAUUUAUACCUUGGUGUAAGUAACGUUGCUGUUAGUGCUGUCCUUAUACGUCAAGACGGACUCCAGCAGUUUCCAGUGUAUUAUGUUAGCAAGGCCUUGCAUGACGCUGAGUUGCGGUAUCCGCAUAUGGAGAAGCUGGCUUAUGCUCUGAUCAUUGCUGCACGAAAGUUGCGCCCAUAUUUUUUGGAGCACUCAAUUGUUGUAUUCACGACAUAUCCUCUCCGACAAGUCCUUCACCGACCCGAUACGUCGGGAAGAAUGAUUAAGUGGGCAAUUGAGUUGGGACAGUUCGAUAUACAGUACCGGCCACGAACCGCUAUCAAGGCCCAA